AUGCCGUGGUCUGAACAACCCGACACAGGCCAGCGGGGUGGCGGGAAGGGAAGCGCUACGUCAGGCGCCGCCACGUGGAAAACUCGGCGCACAGUUCGUCUGAAAGUUUUCGAUCUCUCCAAGGGCAUGGCGAAACUCUACGGAGGUCUCUUCGUCUCCGACGAAAAGAAAGGCGUGUGGCACACAAACGUCGUGGUGUUCGGUUUGGAAUACUUUUACAUGUCGACAAUCUGCGUAUGUCCCUCCGGCAUGGGGUGGCCUGGCCAAGAACAACUAACAGACUGUAUCGAAAUGGGGACAACGGAGCGAACGCCAAUCGAGUUGGAAGCGUUUCUUCGCACGCAACAGCAAAUUUUCACCCCGGAUAAAUACGACAUGUUCAAACACAACUGCAACCAUUUUUCGAAUCUCGUCCUCCGAUUCCUCAGUAGCCGCCUUCGCGUCCCUUCCUACAUUCUCUCGCUCCCUGAUCGCGUGCUGCAAACAACACUCGGGAAACUGGUUCACCCCAUCCUCAGUGCAGCCAUGGAGGUUAUGAAAGCAGACCUUCGUCAUAAGGCGGACAUGGCGGAGUUGUCGGGGGAAAUAUUUUUUUAUGGGGGUGUGGAGCCUCUGCUUGAUCCGACGGAGAGUCGCACGCGUCGCUUUCUGAAGCAUGUUGCACGGCAAGUCCAGCAAGAGCGUCGGACCCACCGUGCGCGGGAGGCCGCCUCCCCUUUGGCCCCUCUAACGGAUCGUGCCGCGAGUAGUCGAUCUUCCGUCUCCGCUGGAAGCAAGUCUUUUCCCUCUUCGUUUCCUUCGCCUGCUGCAUUCGGUCUCCCCUUAGCAUCUGCCUCUCCCCUUGCCUAUCGCCGGCAGUCUCUCGCCGCUCGGGCCGCUCCCGGGCCCCGCGCGGGUGUCUCCGCUGUCUCCGAGGGGUCCCUCUUUUGUGGGGAGGGACGUUUGGAGACGGGCGUUUCCCGUGCCUCGCGUGGGGCGGGUCCCGAGGGCGGUGCGGGAGCAGAGACCGACCCUGCGAAGAUGGACGAGCGUUUGGGUCCCUUUUGUCGUCUUGGGAGUAGCGACGAAGCGCUCUCAGCGGAGAUUUCAGGUCCAUCAGAGAUCAACGAAAGCGCGGCCCUUUCGCGAGCUGGCUCCAAACCGCGGGUGUGGGAGGAGGGAGAGGCGCGCGACAGCCGGACACCGGACGGGGACUCUCCUGCUCUCCCGUCUUGCGGGAGUCGAACUGAGAGAGGCAGUUCGUGUACUGGUCCUAGGGCCUCGCGAGUGCAGAGCCGGAGCAGCAUCCAUCGCGAGAGCUACACUGUGACUUCAGAGUGCGAAGAAGCAGGCAACGAACCAGACGCUUUCUGGGAUGCAGAAGAAGCCGAAGUCAGCAGUGACGAUGAAUGCACAGUCCUGUCCGCUCGGGCGUUUACCCCAGCGACGACUCCCGGAGAGACACCAGCGGCGGGGAGUUGCCCCGGCCGCGCCUCGCUGGACUGUCUGGGCGGCCCACACGGUGUCUCGCGCAUCGCUGCGGCGCACGGAGACACUGUUGCGGGCCGAGGCGAAGCGGAGACACCUACGGAAUGGGCGGAAGCGGCGAGCGACGGAGGCGACGGCGGCAGGCGACACGGCGUUUCUGGCGAGGGAGAGGCCAGUGACUCAAACAGCGACUCACAGCACAGCAUCCGAAGUUACACGUUCGAAGACUACUGUCCCCUCAUCAGGGCCGCAGGAGACAGUCCCAGGUCGUGGCGGGUGGCUCGAGGCAGAGACGAAGAACACGGGCGAGGGAGAGAAGGAGAAGCGAGAUGGCGCAUGACCGCAGGAGAAGGAGCACGGCGUGUGGUGGGCGGAAGUGGAAAUCGGCGAAGUUCCAGAGACGACAGAGAGAUCGAGUCCGGAUAUGAAGGAGCGCCUGCACGUCAGCCAAGUAGGCCGCAGCGGCGACAACCAGCACAGUGCGAACAGGUACGAAUAGAUUUCCAGGUCACUCGAGACAUUGCGGAUGAGGGUUACCAGAGUCGGACGCCUCAGGAGAGAAGCCGUCCGAGACCCUGUCAGUCCCAACGCGGAGACCAUGUCUCUUCAUCAUCGUACAGACCGGCUCCGUGGCGCCUCCACGCGCGAGCAGCGUCUGGGGAGAUUCUUGUUGUGACGCCGCCUGAAAAAGCGCGACGAGAUGUGUGGAGCCCAGUUCAAAAAAGCAGUGAGGGCCACUCAGGGGACGAAGGGCCGGAAGCUGAGGAUGGAGUGAGCACACGCCGUGAAGACCGUCUGCAGAGCAAAGCGAGCGAACAGGAGUAUUCCGACGCGCACGAAAUGAUCGAGUUCUUUUCAGACGCAAGUCGUGACGAAUGUGCGUCUUCCUUCCUCCUCACCUCUUCCGUAUCCGACUCAGAAGGCAGGGAAGAAGGCGACCUUUUCCAGUCUUGGGAAGAGAACGAGCACAGUGCGCCCGGUGACCCAUUUGAGGGUGACAGAGAGUGGAGGGCCUUUUCCGUCAAGCGAGAACCCACCGAUGAAAGCCCGCCGUUUGGGGGACUUUGUCGUCGGGUUGUGUCCUCCGGGAAACGACAAGAACGCGAAGGCGACAGCGAUGAGCCGCUACUCACUUUUGUGGGUAGUGGAGAAUCAGGUCGAGGCCAUGGUGGCCGAAACAGGCCAGGACACGCAUGGCCUCCGCAUGCACAUGUGAAGCCGAGCAGGGAAAUCGCAAUAGCGCAGGCACGUCGAGAUGUUCUCGGGCGACGAAAAGAGGAAGCGAAUCUCGAAGCUGACUUCGAGGUAGGCGAAGGGGACGAGCAAGAACCAGAAAGAACGAAACAUCGUCAACUCAUGUAG